AUGACUAUCAUAGUCAAGAGGGAGCCAUCGUCCUCUCACUCCAGCGCCGACCCGACCUGGGCCAAUCACAGGAGGUCCUCGGAGCCUUCGUGGGCUCCCCAGGGAUCUAAGAGGACUUUCACCCCUCCACUGGACUACUCCCUCAACGACAAGCCUUUCCCUGAGAAGAAUGGAUCCUCUCAGUCUGCCGGGGAGGCGUGCUGUGAGCUGUGCGGCUUUGACUUUGAGAACCGCACGGCGCUGGCGAGCCACGCCCGGGCCCACCUCCGCCAGCUGGGGGUUAAGGAGUGGAGGGCAGAGGGUGUGAAGGCCUCCCCCAUCGAGUUGCUCAGCGCCUGGAUCCAGAGGCAGCCCCACAAGGCCGCGGAGAUCCACCGCCAGUACCGUGACGGUGACCGCAACAUCAGGUUUAAGAGGAACGCCCCGUCCCACUUUCCCUCCACAGACUCAAGCUCCUUCCCCUCGGGAGCCCAGAGGGCUGUGGUGCUGGGGCGCAGGGCGGGCCGAGAGGUGGCCAGGGUCGCUGGGGGUUCGUCCAGGGCAGCUCAAGGUCAAAGGUCACAGGGGGAGACGGGACACUCGUCAUAUCACCAUCAUACCGUCACUCAUACGCAGUCCCAGGGGGCUAGAGGAGACUUCAACCACAUACGCUCUCCUAGAGGUUUUGAGCGGCGGGUCCCUAAACACACCGCCCAUACGGAGGGAGCAGAAGGGGACGGUGGCUCUCAACAACCCCCCCGGUCAGGAAACAUCCCUUCCCUGGUUCCCAGGCCUCCCUCCACUCCUCUGGUCAAACAAGUGGGCAAAGAGUACACCCUCAAGUGCAGGUUCUGUGAGGCAGUGUUCCAUGGAUCUCAGUCAGUACAGGAGGACUGGAUCAGACACCUGCAGAAACACAUCCUGGACCUCCGCUUCAACAAGGUCUGUCCUCCCCCUGACCCAGAACGGCUCCUGGUCCCGGGCAUCGAACCCUCAGCCACCACCACCACCCCGGUCCUUCUGGCACCACUGGUGGUUUAAAUGGUUCACUACUAUGGCUACACUCACUGCAUUUCCCUUAUUACCACUUAGUUGGAUCGUCUUAUCUGUUGUUUUCCUCAAAGGACUGUUGAACUCAGUCUACACUGUGGUAAAAACACCUAAUAAGGUGUGUGUGUGUGUGUGUGUGUGUGUGUGUGUGUGUGUGUGUGUGUGUGUGUGUGUGUGUGUGUGUGUGUGUGUGUGGGGGGGGGGUGAUGUGUUCAUUUAUUUAUUCAGUGUUAAAGGAAUGACUUGGUUUGAAUGAUAACUGCACAAAGUGGAUAUACUGUAGCACUAGUCUUGUCCACCAGCUGUGUCUCUCUCUAGCUGUUAGCCUGGGGAUAAGGUUAGUGUAGCACAGACAUAGCUGUACCAGCCUCAUAUCAACUCUAGAGGGCCUACUUGGGCCAGUUGAAGAAG